GCAACUCGUAACUUCCGCUUCCGGUUUCGUUUUGUUUUUCUUCUGCUUGUGAUAAAAAUAUUGAUGAUUAAUGCAGGUUUUAAGUAAUGACGAUUAAUUCUAAGAUUUCUAUUUUUGAUGGGUGGAUAUUUUAGAAAAGCUACAAUGGUAGAAGGUAUUGGUGAUGAAUUGAUAUAUGCAUUUAUUGUUCUUCUUGCCCUUAUAGUACCACUGGUCAUGUACCUGAUCAGAUUAAGCCAAAGACAAGGUUUAUUGAGGAUCCAUCCUGACAGUGCUGCCAGCGUCACUGCUACAAGGGAGGUAAUUGGGCAUGAUCAUCCACAGCAACAACUACCCAGACGUAAUGCCAAUGAUGGGAGUGCUACCUGUCCAAUCUGUCUAAAUAAUGCUGAGUAUGGGGUAGAAACAAAUUGUGGCCAUUGUUUUUGUGGUAUUUGUAUAGUUACAUAUUGGCAGCAUGGUAGUAGAUGGUUGGGAGCUAUAGCUUGUCCUGUCUGUAGACAACAGGUAACACUCCUGCUGGUGAAUUUUACGCCAGAAGAAAAUAAUAAUGAAACAGAAGAAAAGAGAAAUGUUUCAACACGAGUUAAUGAAUAUAAUAGACGAUUUUCUGGUGCUCCUCGACCUUUGAUGGAUUAUAUAAGAGACCUUCCAACAUUACUUAGACACACUUACAAUGAAUUUUUCACGGUUGGAGGAUUAAUUUGGAUGUUUCGUUUACGUGUGAUUGUGUGUUUUCUCGCUGCCUUACUUUAUUUUAUUUCACCUUUAGACAUAAUACCAGAAGCUGUGUUUGGUGUCUUAGGAUUUCUUGACGAUUUCUUUAUUAUUUUAUUGUUAGCUAUUUAUGUGACAUUGAUAUAUCGACAGUUUGUUCAAAAUAGAGCAGCUGGGGUGCACUGAAAUUGCAAAGGAAGGGAGAUAACUUGAAUUAUUUUCAAAUCCUGUAUUUUUGUAAAGUAAAAUAUUUUCCUAUAAAAUAUUGUCCACCAAGACAAUACUUCAUCAUUAUAUAUCAUGAUAUUUUGUCCCUAUCUAUGUAAAAUGGCCAGAAAAUAUAUAGAAUUAUGUCUAUAUUGGACAUUAUUUCAUAGAUGGAUGGAGUGUCAUUCAGUUUUGUCUUAUGAAUAUUAUAUUGAUAAUAACAAACAUAUACUGCAAGUGAUUAGCAGUAUUUAAUUAUUCUAAAUGGUGUAAUGUAAUACUACACAUAAAUGUAUUAACAUAUUUAACUUUAAUGAUUUAUAAAUGCAAUUUUUUAAUUAGCUUUUGGUAAAAUAUAUGUUUUUCUGAUAUAUACAAAAUACUUAUGAAUUUAAAAAUGUGCAAACAGCAUGCUUGUAUACUAUAGAUGAUAAUUAUUUGAUGUAGCAUUUCAACAAAUUUGACACAUAAUUUGAAGAACAUUAUUUCAAAGAUUCCAAAAAUCAUUUUAUAAUUUCAUGGAUUAGGAUUCUUCAGAGCAAACUCCAUUAGGAAAUAUUUUCAUGGAAUGUAAUUCAUGGUGAAAUAUUGUCAUGGACAGAAAGACAGUCAUAAUGAAAUUUUAUUUUCACAUACAUUAUUUCACAGACAAUAUAUUAUCUGUAAGAACCUAACAAUAAUUUCGUAGAGAAGGACACUAUGUUAUGGUAGGCAUUAUUUUAAGUUACAUUUUACCCUCCUGUAUUUAAAACAAAAUAUCAUAAUGUACAAUCUAGGUAGGAAAAUCACUUUAAUGUAAUUUUUUAAAAGGGUCUGGAUUGGGGACCUCAAUAUAUUUUUUUUUCUCUUCGUUAUAUUUUGGCACCCCAUUAUUCUCUAUUCUUUAUAUUUUGCCUAUUUUUCUCUAUCUAUAAAUUUUGCCCUGCAUUCUGAACUUUUUGCUCAUUAUCCUGUUAUCUGUAAAUUUCAUCCAGACCCUAAAAGAUUAUGAUGUUAAAUGCUUUGUCUAAUAGGGACAUCAGUUUUAAUUAUGUACUCAAUAUAACAUCAUUACCCAUGUUAGAUAAAUGUUAUUAAAAUAUCACUACUAUUUUGCAAAGGCUAAACUUGAGACAGCUGUUUUCAGGAACCCGGUAUGCAAUGGCAUGUUUUAAAAGUAAUUUAAAUUUGCAGUAGCCAAAUAAAUGAUGAACGAAUAAUAGAAUUAUAUGCUAAUAAAUGCAACAGCUAUUCAUAUCUAAACCAUGAAAUUGUUCCCUCUCAAAAAGAUUAAGAUAAAAAGAAACCAAAGAAAUAAUAUCGGCCUGAUGAUAAUGGUUAACUUAUUCUAUCUUUCACUUUAUAUUAUUCUUUAUUUGUUAUGAAUAUUUGAAUAUAUCAUGUAUUAGAUAUUGUAUUAUUCACAUUGCUCAAUAUAAGUCUUUGUCUUGUUUUACUUAUUAAAGGGAGCUAACCA